AUGGUAAUUGUAGACAAUAACCUUCAUUUCAACCUUCGAUUCGUUUGGCUCAAUAUAAGGGCACUAAUCGGCAAACUCGGCGGUUCGCUGCAUGGAAUAGGGAUAUCCGUGCCCCAGAAAUUGACUUCUGCGAUACAUGAACCAACUGUGAUCCAACCGGAAUGGGAAUAUCUGGAAGUGGUGUUGAAACGAGAAACAAAUUCGCCGGGCGGUUUCGGAUUUAGCAUUGCGGGCGGAGUCGAUGCACCCAUCUCAGAUAUGGAUUCCGGUAUCUAUGUCACCAGAAUCAAUGCGAAUGGUGUGGCCGAUUUGGACGGACGCUUAAGGUGUGUAAUGCGGAUUGUCAGUGAGCUUGGUUGUUGUUGUUGCAAAAACGUUUGGGCUGUCAUGAAAUAUAAUAUGAAAUAUAAUAUGACCAUCAGAAAGGAAUUUUACGGAGACGUAAAACGCUCACUCAGUCCUAGUCGGCCAAUCAAAGGACUGCCAUACAAUACACAAUGGGGGAAGUCACGCGGUGGUGGUGGCGUUCGAACACAUCCCCGGGAUGAUCAUUUGGUGACGUUACCAACGGAUCAUCACAGUUACUGCACACGACUUUCAAAGUUUCUCAGUGAUAUGUGUGAUACACAAGGAAUGCGAAAUCCAUCAUCUUAUAACUAUCAUUUCUUCUACGACCCUGUAAAUGAGUUUUUAUUUUCCACGAUCAAAUGUUAA